AAAAUAUUUACCGUUUUCACCUCCUUAAACACAAUGACAUGAUGUGGAAGACAAUAAUUUAAUGAAUUAAAUCUACGCUUUAUUUUAAUGCAGCAGAUGGUAUGUCAACUGCAAAGUCAUCACUUGAAGACGAAGAAAAGAAAUAUUUUGACAAGUGUGUUCAUUCAUUUAGAUUCUACAGAAAACAUGCUUUGGAAAACCUUCGCAAAAACAUCAAAGACUACCAAGCCCUCCCACCUAGUCACCAAUCAAUGCUGAAAAGCUUCAUGAAGCAACAAACAGAUGUUAAGCAUUGCAUUGAAAUGAACUUCAUGUUCAUCCUUCACAUGUUGGAUGAUGUCCAAGAUAUGUUCCGACCUGAUCAAGAAAUGCGCUCCGACAGCUCACCUGAAGCUUCAGAUUCUGACAAUAUAAGGGUAUCACGUGAGGCAGGAGAAGGACUAUCUCAAGGUGAUAUGGACAGGGUUUACACUACACUCCGUCAGUUUGUGAGAGACUGGUCGCAAGAGGGGCAGGGAGAGAGGGACAAGUGCUACUCUCCCAUUAUAAACGCUGUCUGUAACAGAUACAAAGACCCAGCAGGGGUAAGUGUUUUAGUUCCUGGGGCAGGAUUGGGGCGACUUGCUUUCGAGUUUGUUGCCAGAGGUUACAAUUGUGAGGGAAAUGAGUUCAGCAUUUUUAUGUUGAUAGGUUCUAACUUUGUACUUAACAAGAUAGACUCAGUUUCUUUCGAGAUAUUUCCUUGGUCAACUUGCACGACUAACAAUGUGACUCAUGCUGAUAGAGUCAGAUCAGUCACUGUACCUGACAUUGUCACAACACAGAUUCCUGAAUCUGCUCAAUUUGGUAUGUGUGCUGGUGACUUCACCGAAGUGUACGCCAAGGAUUCAGCAAGGUUUGAUGUUGUCGCUGCAUCAUUCUUCCUGGAUACAGCUCAUAAUAUUAUCGAAUAUAUCGAACUUAUCCACAAAGUACUGAAACCUGGUGGACAUAUGAUAUCUCUAGGACCUUUAUUGUACCAUUACGCUGGAAUGCCUGAUCAACCAAGCCUUGAAAUUCCCUGGGAAGAUGUUUUAUCAAUUAUUGAACAAGUUGGAUUUGUGAUUGAAGAAAUUGAAGAUGUGGCCGACGUGCCAUAUAUUGAGAACCAUAUGUCAAUGGUCAGUGUUCUGUACAAGUGCAAGUUUUUAGUUGCUAGAAAGCAAGAAAAUUAAAGGUUUUUUUUCCAGCCUUUUCUUUUUAAUGGUUAGUCGUAGUUUAGGUAAUAUUUCGUGAUGUUUUAACCGGGUUGUUUCUUACAAUAAUUUCUUUUAUGUUUCCAUAAUUUAUUUUCAACCCAUUUUAUGAUAUCAAACGCUAAAAUUGUGAUGUAGAGUUGACUAUUUUGUGAGAU